AUGUCUUUCUUAGUGAGGAUUGUAAGAAAUUUCACCGUGCCUAAAUACCGAUCUAAUGUAGGGGCACUUAACAGUUUACAAAAAUAUUCCAGACGACGAAUUCAUUGUAGCUCACAUUUGUGCGGGAGAAUGUUUCUGGAACAUGAAAAUAAUUAUGCAUAUAGUAUAUUAGAGAAGAAAGGGUAUGCCGUUAGCUUGAAAAGUGAUAUUUCUCGAAAUUGUAUAAGCGAACAAGAAUUUCAAGAAGCUCUUAAAUAUAACUGGUCUAAAAAAUCUCAUGCAGAAUUAUUUGAUUAUUUUCUAAAAUUUGCUCUAUAUUGUUCAGAACACAAAUUAUGUAUUUCUAACCAGAUAUUUGAUACAUACAUAGACAGUCUCACUGACAGUAUCAAACUUGGUACUGAUGAAGAGUUAAAAACAUUAUUCUACACUCUAAAUAAGUGGCCAGAUACACCAUCUAUCAGAACGCGAAACAUUAUAGAAGUGUGGGCAGCAUUGGAUGAUGAGUGCUUAAAUCGGCUGAAGAAUUGGUCAUAUGAUGAGUUACUAACUUUCUUAUCACUGUUUUACAUGAUAAAUGUAAUAAGAUAUAGUGACUAUUGUGUAAAAGCUUUGCAAAAACUGGCUUCUAAAGCAAAAAAUUUAACACCAGCUCAACUUGUGCACACAUUAUUCUUUAUUGGAAUAUGGAGAAAAUCACCAUUUGACAUGCACAAUUUGGAAGUUGAGAUAAACAAAAAAUAUUCCCAAUUUACUAUUGAUGAAUUGGCUAUAAUAUCUAUGGGAUAUUUUAAAAGCAAAACACCAAUAAGGGAUCCAGAGUUAGUAAAGAAAAUUAUCACCACAGUUAUAGGAAAUUCAAAAACUAUUCAUGAAGUAUCUUUAGCAGCUUUAUUGAAACUAAUUCGUUACUCCACAAAGUCAGUCCUUGAUGAUAGAAUAAACUGCCUACUAGAAGCUUUGCAAUCUGAAGUUCCACGAUUAUCAGUGAUGUGUAAUGUACACAUGGCGCUAGUUGGAACUUCUACUUUAAGUUUACACAAACAGUGUUUAGAUAAUAUUGCUGCAAAGGUUAUAAAAACUAUGUCCCAAACAAGGGUGAAGGAUCUUGAAAGAUUGGUUUUAACGUAUGGCACAUUUGGGUUAAGACCUAACACAGAAGAAUGUUUCUUCACCAAAGUAAUGGAUGAAUUAAGGAAGCCUGAAAGAAUAAUAGAGAUCAACAUACAUGGCAGGUCAUUUGCAUGUUGCAUAGCAUACCUAACUCUUUUAGGUAUUUACCCAGUGGACCUAAUCAGUAGGGUUCUUACUCCAGAAUUUAGAGAACGGACUUAUGGAAAGUACUGCUUUAACUAUGGGAGAGAAAUUUUAACAUUGAACAAUGUGGCUGAAAUCUUUUGUAGUGAUGCCAACAUCAAUUUUCUUGAAAAUAAAGAGAAGAAAAUUUUAGCCAAAAAGUACACAGAUUAUGUGCCAAGGGAGGAUUAUGUGAAACAGUACAAUAUAACUGAACAAAUGUUUUUGGAUAUAAUGAAGGUACUGAAAGAAGCUCGUGGAGGUGAUGAUUAUGUCAUUGGUGACCAUAUCUUGCCUCACUAUCAAAGAGGAGAUAUAAUAAUUUGCAAUGACCACAGUGGUGCUCCUGUUGCAGUCAAAGGUGUUUUCCCAUCAUCAGACUUUGGUUUAAUGAGAAAGCUUCCUGAUAAUAAGACUUGGAUAGUGUUGGUAUUAGCAGGUAGAAAUGCAAUAAUACAUGGUACAGACAAUGCAACUGGGUUCUUUACUAGUAAAGUAAGAGAACUUGAAGCAUUGGGCUAUCAUGGAGUAUUAGUACCCUGGAGUCAAUUUUCCAAGUUAAGAUCAACAGCUGAUAAAGCAGUGUUCCUAAAUAGUUUAAUUGAUAAUGCUGUAAAUAAAAAUAAAUGA